UGGGACAUGGCAUCCUUAAUCAUGGAAAAAGCUCGCGAAACAGCAAUAAAUGUUCCAAACGAUUAUCAAUGUCAAACAACAUGUCGGCCAGGCAAGAAAGGUCCAGAAGGUGCAAAAGGCGAUAUUGGACCGACAGGACAAAAUGGCGCCACGGGACGUCAGGGAGCUAAAGGAAACAGUGGAACACCAUGUAAUUGCUCACGAUAUGAUGACUUGACACGCACAGUUCAAAUUCUCCAACAAAAAGCUCGAGAAUUACAACCCUUAGCAGAUGGUUGGUAUCGUGUUCACAGUUACCCAUAUUGGUACAAAUUGGUCAAAGUAUCGUCGAACUUUCAGCCAGAAAUAAUUGCGAACGCAUGGGAGGCCGAUUAGCAGCAAAGGGUAUUCGCAACCCAACUAUUCGCAGCGAUCUUCUCGACAAGUUCAUCAGAAGAACAGAAACUCCGAUCUGGAUAGGACUUGACGAUCUGGGGAAACGAGACAACUGGAAAUGGUCGGAUAGAGUUUCAUCAACUUCUUCUAAUACACCAUGGGGCAAAGACGAACCAGAUGGUCCAGAUCAAAGAUGUGCUUGUAUGCACAAUUAUCUGGAAUAUCAGAUAGCAGAUGUGCUUUGUAUUUACAAAUAUUUCUACCUCUGUGAGAAGUAAUUGAAAAUUUCCCUUGUUGCUUUCGAUCAAUGGGAUUUAUCUUAACAAAGAAAGAAACAAUAUUUAUAGUCACUUUGCUAAAAUAUUACCACGACUUGUCAUUGUUCAAAAAUUGAGUAACUAGUAUUUUUAUUCACUAGACUAUGCUUUCGACUUUUUUGUGGAUUUAUAUAUUCAUUGUAAACUCGAUUUUUAUCAAAAACCUCUUUAAAUAUAAAAUCAUGUAUUCUGAGUUCGAUCAUAUCAAAUGAUAUUAAUUGUUGAGCUUAAUUAGUGCGUUUUUCUGGACUUAUAGA